AUGCUUGGAUAUGUUGAUUUCGGCAUAUUGAAGCGCUGCGAAAACAUUGUCAUACCAUCGCACAACUGGAGCGAGUCGUUCCAUUGGAAACAAAGCGAGCAGACGCAGGUGUCGGUGCUGCAGACCUCCAUUCCUCUGCCAGCAUCGGCGGCGGCUGUCCGGCGAGCCCCGCCAGACAAGCGACCGCUGCCAGCCACGCCUGUGCAUGGUGGCAAAAGUGGAUUGUCGGCUAGUUCCAGUCGAUCUACUAGUCCCUUGGGACAUGGAGUCGUGAGUUUCAUACCUCGAGCGCCGACCUCUUCAUCUGGGUCACGGCCCAACUCCUCGCUUCUCGCUCCCAGUAGUAAGAUCCCGUCCACCCUUCAAACGCAACAACAAACAUCGAAUAGUCAAAAUGGAACACCAUCGAAACAUUCUAUGCUAGAUAAAUUAAAACUUUUCAAUAAAGAUAAAGUAACUAAUGAAAAGCAACACAGUAAAAGCACUGCUGUGUCCAAACGAACAAGUUCUUCAAGUGGCUUCUCUUCUGCUAAAAGUGAACGAUCGGACUCUAGUUUGAGUCUCAAUGAAUCAUCAAAUAUUCCGAAUACACAUAUCAAAUCAUCAAAUUUGUUAGGACCGAAGAACUUAAGGCAACAAAACGAUAACUUGAUAAAAGAUAAAUCCGGUAAGAAUGUAAAAUCGAAACUGGUUCAUUCGAAAGCUCCUAAAGAAUCUAUUACGAAUUUAAGUAAGUCUAAUACUAAAUCUAGUAAUGAAAAGUCUAAAAAUAGUCCAAAGCUGCCAUCCCGUGAUAAAGAAUCGAAGUUGGCAGCGCCAAAGUCCAUUAGUAAUACUAAAUUAAAUCAAAUAGAUGAUCAACCUAGAAAUUCAAAAUCAAAACCGGAGUCCAAAAUGAGCAAGUUAUCAGGCAGCCAAAUAAAACUCAAUGAACAAAAGUCUGAUACUUCUGGAGAAUCGAAAGGAUAUGAGUGCGGACAUUCGAAAAACUUAACUUCUCAACCACAAACUCCAUCAGGUGGGCAGACUUUUGGCCUGCCAAAUCACACUGGUAUUCCAAAACCGACAGCAGCAGUAAAAGGAACUUUUAAAAUAUCAAAAGAGGAUAGACAUAUUAUAAAUAAAAGUACAAAUAAUCAAUUAAGUCCUAUACAAAGCAAUUCUAGUUUAAAUUCUACAAACAAUGUAAGUGCACUUCCAUUUAGUAGAGAACAAUCUAGUUUAGGUAAAGAUAUAUCUCAAAAGCAAACCCUAGCUGUUUCACCGAUGCCUGUUGUUAGUUCAGCCAAUCAAACUGGAUCGCAUAUGUCUGAAAGUUCACAUUCAAACUCUACUCAUAGCACGACUGGACAGCAUUCAAAUUCAAGUGAUGGCAGUGUAAUCUACCGUCCAUCUAGUGAGUCUGGUUCAGAAAUGUCGAAGGUACCAAGCAAUGUGACAUCGAAUAAAAGGCUAGAUAUGAAUACAACAUACAUAAACAAUGUUAUUAAUGAGGCCGAGAUAUCCGAGAAAGAAGCAGCAAAAAAACGACUUAUGGAAAAUUCUGCACAGAAACAACAACUUCAACAUAAUAAAACAUUAACAGAAACCAAUAGAAAUCUUGAAAGUGGAAGUCGAUCUAGUACUCCAUCACAUGGUCGAGACAAUUCUCUUGGUGAAGACGAUAAUCCAUUGAUGAACGUAAUGCCAAUGAGGCCUUUACUACGGGGAUACAAUAGCCAUUUGACAUUACCGAUGAGGACAUCGGGUUUAACACAAAAAAAUAUUCCCGGCUAUCCACAUCACGCCAAUACAGUCAAAGCCAAUUUUGGCAGGGAAAACAUAGGAUUGAGGGAGCGAAUGAACUACGGACCAGGAUUUUCUAACCCAGAUUACUGCGACCUUGAUAUUGCUUCGGGCUAUAUGUCUGAUGGAGAUUGCCUCCGGCGAAUAAAUGUAAAUGACAUGGACUGUGGUAGAAAUAAUGACUUGAUGGAUGGAUAUAUGUCCGAGGGAGGUGCUUCAUUGUAUGGACGACGAAUUAACUAUCAACAGCCUUCGCAGUUCCAACAACUUGAAGAAAGACGUGGCGGUGGCCGCAAUAGAGGCAUGGAGGGCGGUAGCGGUGUAGUGUACCGAGUGGUGGGACGCACGCGCAGUAAGGCCGACUGUGGGCAGCAGACUGACAGACAACCACCACAACAAGAUACCACGUGGAAGAAAUACACCGACUCGCCUGGGGUGGGGACUCCGCCUUUGAAUGCACCCACGCAAGCACCACCAAGUCCGUCACAUGGACGGAAAGGAGAAAGACGUACGGGUCAUCAUUCUCCGCAACAUCACAAACGAGAGAAAUUGACUGCUGCACAGCAGCUUGGAAUUGCACCACAUCCUCAAUAUCCAGCCACUAAUUCUGGUAAUCAACACUCUUCAAGAAGUGGUGGUUCACAAUUGCAGUCUCCUAGUGGUGCAUCUUCGCGGCCAUCUAGCGUCUCAAGUGGUGGAAACGGAAGCAGUUGUUCUAGUAAAGCCAAAGUUCCACAAAACUUUGGCUAUGUGAAGCGACAAAACGGUGUGCAACAACCAUCGGUUCAAGUUAACACCAAUGGCCCCCCGCCACACGGACAUAAAAAUGGAAUUGGACCAAAGUCAUAUUCAUUGGGGGGCACAGCUGCAGCUCAGUUAUCAGCAUCAGUGCGUGAAAGACUUCUCGGAUCCCAAUCACUUCCAAAACCUGGAACACAUGAGUUUGCCGCAUUGUUCCAUCACCAUAGAAUCACUCAAAGAGGUGGUAUCAAAAUUAGCGAUGGCAGCCUUUCUGAUACUCAAACAUACUCAGAAGUGAAAUCAGAUUAUGGUAUACCCUACGCUCCUUGGCUGAGACACAGCAACACAUAUUCGGCGAGCGGGCGACUAUCUGAAGGCGAAUCGAUGGAAUCUCUCACUUCGCUGCAUUCGGCGCAGCACAACCACACCUCCCCUAACUCACACCGCAGCUCACUCACUCACAAUAAGCUCAUCAUGCACCGGGAACAGGGCUCCAGGCUUAACAGGAGCAACAGUAUUAGAUCAACAAAAUCUGAGAAACUGUAUCCUUCAAUGCUGCAGCGGUCAUCGGAGAGCGAUUAUGAGCCUUAUUAUUGCUUACCAGUGCAGUAUGGGCCUGGCGGUCAAGGUUUAAACUACGGAGUUUCGGAGCCACCGUCACCAUCCCCGAGAUCGGCACUGAGUCCUACUCAUCAACCAGGAAACGUGAUCCAUACACCUCGACACUCUCAUCACUAUCCUAAGAAGAAUGAUGAUGGUAAGCAUACAAGAUUUAUUAAUAACAAUGUCACUCUAUACUAGUAUUAUAAAGAGAAAAGAUGUGAUUUUUUGUUUGCAUCGAAUAUGCCCCUAAACGACUGGUCCGAUUUUUUAUUUUCUUUUCACCUACGGGUAGUUACAUCAUAAUGCGGGGAACGUAGGCUAUAUUUUAUCCCAAAAAGGGAUCCCGAAGUAAAAAGGAUGAAAAUAGGAGUUGAAAUUUGUGUAAGGAAUUAAAUAUUUACCAUAGCAAUCAUUUUUAUUAUUCAAUUUUUCAUUGUAAUUAUAUCUGUGUCAUGAUAUGAAUCGAUAUCUAAAUAAACAGUUCACCUCUGAAUUUUUUACUAUGAAUAAGAUAGGUAUCCAAAGGAGAUUGACCUUUUUUGUUUGGACUAA